AUUUUCUGAUAGUCCGCACUUGUUUAGGCUUGUUACGUGAAUAGAAUUUUUGUAUGCUCUUUUGCCACAAUGUUGAAAUCUGGGGAGUUGUAGAGAUCUUUUGUUAUUGAUCCUGUUGGUCUCUACCACAUAGCCGGUUGAGAAUUUGCUCUGUUUGUCUCAUGACCAGUGGAGGAUGGGUAAACCCUCUACUUUGCAAGAGAUUCAAGGUUAUUUUAGCAAAUGUUGUGUGUUUUUCUAGAUGCGUUUUAGGAGCUGGAUUACUUGGUAAUUCCGUUGCUCCUUAUCUUUCUGAAAGUCUUAUAGUGAAGUUUCACUUUUUCCAUUUGGAGCUUCAUGGUCCUUUCAUGUGGCUCAUUUUUCUAUAUUGGUUAAUCAAGAGCAGUGAUCAUUCAAUUGAAAUUGUUGUCUUUUUGUGAAGAUUGGCAAGUUGUCAUAAAGUUAAACUCUUUAUUGUUGCUAAUCUUUACAUUCUUGAUACUUGGAAAUUGCUUAAAACUCCUAAAAUCCGUCUUGAAUCUUUCUUGAUAUUGCUUUGUACUUGUUCUUGAAACUGAAAUCCAGAAAUGGAUAAUGAUUAUUGAAAUCCUCAUUAUCUUGAUAAUUGUUUGAAAUUAAUUCUUGCAUUGUUCUUGGAAUCUAGUUUGAAUUGUCCUUGAAAACGUUCUUGUUCUGACACUGGUUUUUGUUCAAAUUCUGUAUACUGCUCUUGCUAAAAUCCUGCAUGUUCUGUUAGCUCUUGUGUCAGUAUACCUAAUGAUCUUCUUGAUUCUUGGUUUUUGUUCAUAUGGACACCUCUUUAGGAAGGGUGACGAAAAUACCUAUAUGAGGUAUCUUGAUUCUUGCCUCUUGCAAGUGUUAAUCUCUGUAUUCUUGACGUCCUAGCUUUGACUUGACUCUAGGAUGUCUAGGCUAAGCAGAUUAUAGCCUCCAUGAGCUACGAGGUGAAGGGGUAAUCUUUGAAAUACUUGAUGCCCUAGAGUUUUGUUCCAAGAGAAAUGGUUCUUUUGUCUGGUUGUUUUGAUUUUUGUUUGCCCUUUUAAUUAGAAGACAUGAAUCUUCUAAGCAUCUUGAUCCCAGCCAUUGCUUGUUCUGUUGAUUAAUUCUAGUACUUGAGGUGCUAGAUCUUGAUAUCCUAGUUAUAUCUGCUCUUGAAUCCGUGUUCUGAUUGUCAUUAUUGGAAUCUCUUUUGUGGGCCUAAUUUUUGGAAUUCUAUUGCUUGUUUGAUGGUUAACUCUUGUCUCUCAAUUUUGACUGCUUGGUUAAAUGUGAUCUUAUUCUUGGUGAAUGCCGUUUUGUUGCUGAAUUUUUGAGGCAUUCUACUUUGCACUCUUAUGUUCCAGUAUUCUUCCAAG